AUGGAAAAAAAGUUCCGUCACGUUCGUCGCAUCAGGGCUUCCCUCUCUCACUGCCCGCUAGGUGCCGUCAUGCUCAAUAUGGCUUCUCAUCGCUUAUUGAGCAUGGCAGAUGCACAGAUGGAUGACAUGCCAUCGGGAGAUGGCUUUUCAAGUGGGAUGCCAUCACAGAAUGAAGAUUCCAUCCCUGGCUUCGGCAAUGAUGAAGAUGGCUAUGGGAAAGAGUUCUUUGGAGGUGAUGAAGAAAUUGCAGAGGGAGACAUGUCUCAGGAGAAUUAUGAACCCCUUGAUCAGAAUGAUCCAGGACUUGAAGGAGAUGGCUAUGAGGAAGAACAUUAUGGUGAAGAGGGAGAAGGAGAAGGAGGCUAUGAGGAUGAGUCAGAAUAUGGACCAGGCCUGGGUCCAAUGGGACCAGGAAACUUUGGACCUGGUGGUGGCUUUGGAGGACCUGGACCUCGGAUGUGGCAGAGAGGACCUCUUCCACCACCUGGCUUUAGAGGAAGGGGCUUUGGUCCAGGGAGACCAGACUUUGGACCCCAUGGCCUGCCUGGACCAAGAAUGGGACCUCCAGGCCCACCUGGUCCCAGAGGAUGGGGGCCACCUGGUCCAGGCCCAGGUCCAGAUGGAGGACCUAGAGGAUUUCGCAUGAGAUUCCCCCCUGAAAGAUUCCGUGGUCCACCUCCAGGACCUGGAGGCCCUCCAGGACCAGGAGUUCCACCUGGGCCUGGAUUUGGUCCAGGACCAAGAUGCCGCUUUCGUGGUCCUCCACCUUUUCAGGAGAAUUGGGAAAAUGGUCCUAGCCAUGGGCCAGGAUCUGGACCUGGACCUGGUCCUGGUCCUGGUCCAGGUCCAGGUCCAGGAGCACCACCUGGACCAUCUUCUGUGCCUCCUGGCACAAAUGGACCAUCAUCAGGCCCUGGGCCAAAUUCUGGCCCCCCUGGUUCUAGUGCUUCAUCUAGUGGCCCUGGAGCCCCCCCAAUGGGAAUCCCCCCUCCUAACCUGAACCCACCACCUAACAUGCCACCGAUGUCAGUUCCUCCUCCUGGUGUGCCACCAACAAAUCUUCCUCCUCCAGGGGUUCUACCACCUGUUGCCAUGCCAAUUUCUGAUGCUGGAGUACAGGCACCUGGUUCAACAGGAGUAGCUACAGCUCCUCCCAACACUAACUCGACCCCAUCUCCUGCUUCAACAGCUAACACAACCAGCAAUGGAACAGCUGCCACUAAUGCCAGUUCGGGGGGCAUUGAUUUGGCUGCUGAGUUAUGGGUGGAAACCAAGACUCCUGAAGGAAAAUCAUAUUACUACAAUGCUCGCUCUCGAGAGACAGUCUGGAACAAACCAGAAAAUGUCAAGAUCAUCACACAAGAGCAGAUUGAGCAAAUUGCAGCACAAGCUGCAUCAAAUCAAACAUCAGGUUCAAAUGCCUCUGGAUCUUCAACAACUGUCCCCAAUGCAACUGAGGCUGGUGGGAGGAUGUCUGAUGACAUGACUACCAAGGCCAUGGCUUCCCCUGCAGGUGGUAUGGGAGAUGCAAUGGGCAUGGGGCAACCUCCUGUCAUGGCUCAUGGUAUGCCACCACAUCACAUGUUUGGAGCUCCCCCUCCUUUUGGAAUGCCUCCACCUGGAUUCCCUGGAUUUCCUCCACCAAUGAUGGGCUGGCCAAUGGGCUUUGGCCCAGGGAUGAUGCCUGGCAUGCCUCCCAUGGGACAGCCACCACCCAUGGCUUCUAUGAUGGGAUCAAAGUUAGAGGAUGAUGAAAUCUUAUCCAAGAUUGAUCCUGACAUUGUUAACAAAGCCAGAGAUUGGUCUGAACACAAGGCUCCAGAUGGGAGGUCUUACUUCUACAAUGCCAAUACCCAAGAAUCUGUCUGGGAUAAGCCUAGACCUCUCAAGGAUCUUGAAGGUGCAAAAAUGGCUGCUGCAAUGGGAAUUAGCACUGUGAAAAGCAAGAAAGAUUAUGUAGUGAAGCAGGAAACAAAAGCAGCUCAAGAUUUGAAGAAGGAGGGGCUAGGAAAGGAAGAUGUGUCUUCAAUGCCAGGUGGAAUGAAGAAGGAAGGAUUGAGUGGAGAGGAGAAGAAAGCAGAAGACAAGAAGCAAGAUAAAUCACGGCCAGUGUCAUCCAAUCCCGUACCUGGAACACCAUGGUGUGUUGUAUGGACUGGAGAUAAUCGGGUAUUUUUCUACAAUCCAUCCACUCGUGUGUCUGUCUGGGAGCGUCCUGAAGAAUUGACUGGUCGUACAGAUGUGGAACGCAUGGUAUCAGAGAACCCAACCAUGAAGAAGGAAGAGUCUACAGCAGCAACUGCUACAACAGCAAUAACAGCAGCAUCAGGUAAUGUGGGAUCAGGAGCUGGGAGUGCUGGAGAAUUGAAAACAGAAGAGAUUGAAGAAGAGGAGCCAACCAACAAGAAAGCAAGAAUGGACAUUUCCCCUAUUAAGAAGGAGGAUGAAGUGAAGCCAAAGCUGAUUGACAUUGGGAAGGAAUCUGCAAUUGAGGCUGAGGUUAGAGCAGCAAGAGAACGGGCAACUGUCCCCCUGGAAAUCAGGAUGAAGCAGUUUCGCGACAUGCUGGUGGAGAAGGAAGUCUCUGCAUUCAGCACAUGGGAGAAGGAGCUCCACAAGAUUGUCUUCGAUCCUCGGUACCUUCUUCUUCUUUCCAAGGAGAGAAAGCAGGUCUUUGAGAAGUACGUGAAGGAGAGGGCAGAAGAAGAGCGACGGGAGAAAAAGAAUCGCAUGAAGCAGAGGAAGGAUGAUUUUCAGAAGUUGCUUGAAGAUGCCAAUCUAACAGGAAAGUCAUCAUUUGGAGAAUUUGCUGCUAAAUAUGCAAGAGAUGAGAGCUUCAAGGGGAUUGAGAAGAUGAGGGAGAGGGAAAGCCUUUUCAACGAGUUCAUCAUUGAAGUCCGGAAGCGAGAGAAGGAAGAGAAGAUCCAGAAACGAGAGCAGAUGAAGAAGGACUUCUUUGCCAUGCUGCGCGAGUGCCAAGACAUCGAUCACCAUUCCCACUGGUCGGAUGUGAAGCGGAAGUUGGAUGCAGAUCCACGCUACUCUGCUGUGGAAUCUUCUCUUCAACGUGAGGAGUGGUUCAGGGACCACAUCUACAUGCUGAAGGAGGAACGGAGUGUCCGGAAGAAGGAGAAGAAGGAUAAGGAACAGAAGGAGAAGGAAAAGGAGAAAGAGGAAGAGGAAGAUGGGGAGAAGGAAAAGCAUGAGGAAAAAGGUGAAGACAUGGAAGUGGAUGAUAAUGAGGAAGGUCAGGCCAACUCUGAUGAAGAGGCCAGAGAAAGGGAGAAACAAGAACGCAUUGAAGCUUCUCUUCGUGAAAGAGAGAAAGAGGUCCAAGAGCAAUUGGCCAAUCACCUUAGGGAUCGUGACAAGGAACGAGAAGCCCAUCGGCAUGAUGAAGCAGUACAACAUUUUCUUGCUCUAUUGGCUGACUUGAUCCGCAACACAGAUUUAACAUGGAGAGAGGCAAAACGUCAGCUGAAGAAGGAUCAUCGUUGGGAUAUGGCUGACCUCCUUAGCAAAGAUGAAAAGGAGAAACUUUAUGAUCAGCACAUUGAGCAACUAACCAAGAGAAAGAGAGAAAAAUUUAGGGAGCUUCUGGAGGAAACACCUGAAGUAACCCUAAUGUCUUCAUUCAAAGAAAUCCGCCGCACCAUCAAAGAUGAUCCUCGAUAUUCCAAAUUUUCCUCCAGUGAUAGAAAAUGUGAGAAGGAGUUCAAAGAGUACCUGAAAGACAAACUGGUUGCUGCCAAGGCAGACUUCAGAGAACUCCUCAAGGAAACAAAGAUCAUAACUCACAAAUCCCUAAAGUUGAUAGAGGAAAAUGAUCAGCAUAUGAAGGAGAUUCUUGAUGUGCUGAAGAAUGACAAGCGCUACCUGAUUCUUGACUGCAUCGAGGAUCAGCGAGAGAAGAUUAUUCAGUCAUACUUGGAAGAUCUGGAAAAGCGAGGUCCUCCUCCACCACCAACUGCCACAGAGCCACCAACUAAUGAAUGUGGAAGGAUGUUGAAGAGAAUAUUGACCUGGGGCUCCGUUUUGGGCCUUGGAGCUGGGACUGUCCAUGUCCUUCAACAGCAUCAUUGGCAUUUGGACGACUUGGGUGCUGUCCGCUUUGGCCGAGCUGCUAUCACGGUUGCUAGCAUCGUGAUAGAUUACAAGAAAACCAUUUAUGCCCCUGGUGUGGAUUACAAUGCUCCAACAUAUCCACUCCUCAGGUCUCAGGUUCAUACCAGAUCAGCUGAGAAGCUUCUUGAGCUAUGUUGCCUCAACCGUGGUGUAUUCAUAAAAGUAGGCCAGCACAUUGGAGCACUUGAUUAUCUGUUACCAUGUGAGUAUGUCCAGACAUUGAGCAUCCUCCAUUCCCGUGCACCUAAAUCUGAGCUUCCUGAUAUCUUCCAAGUGAUAAAAGAAGAAUUUGGUCGAGAUCCAACUGACAUCUUUGUGGAGUUCUCGGAAGGCCCUGUUGGAGCAGCAUCCUUGGCUCAAGUGCAUCGUGCAAGACUCAGGAAAACUAAUGAGGAGGUGGCUGUCAAAGUCCAGCAUCCAAAUGUGAAAGCCCAUGCACUAGUGGACAUCAAAACAAUGGAGGUACUUGCCCACCUUGUUGCAUGGAUAUUCCCUGACUUCAAGCUCCUUUGGCUGGUUGAAGAAACCAAGAAGAAUAUUCCACUGGAACUGGAUUUUCUCCAUGAGGCCUCUAAUAUGGUCCAAGCUCAGAAACUCUUCUCCAAAUUUCAUUGGCUCAAGAUUCCAAAUGUGAAACCUCGCCUAACUACCGAGAGAGUGCUGACAAUGGAAUUUGUUCACGGUGGUGAGAUAAAAGACAGAGGAUACAUGCACCGCAAGGGCAUCUCCCGUCAUGAAGUAUCUGACAAGUUGGGUCAGCUGUAUUCAGAAAUGAUCUUUGUCCAGGGGCUGGUACACUGUGAUCCUCAUCCUGGAAACAUAAUGGUGGCCAAGCAUGAGGGAGGGGCCCAGAUUAUCUUACUUGAUCAUGGCCUUUACUCUACCCUGAGCAAAGAAUUCCGAUUGAAUUACUCCCAGUUGUGGAUGAGCAUUCUUUCCCGAGAUCUGGAAGGUAUUAAGACAUAUGCCACAGCAUUGGGUGUGGGGAAUUUCUAUGGUCUUUUCUCCUGCAUGGUCACUGGACGUUCUUGGGCAUCCAUUCAAUCUGGGAUUGAUCGUACCAACAUCUCUGCUGAGGAGAAGAAGCACCUACAGGAGACUGCACGUCUUCUCAUCCCCCAAAUCACUGAUGUUCUCAGUUCUGUCCAUCGAGACAUGGUGCUCAUCUUCAAAACUAAUGACCUCCUUCGAGGGAUUGAAUUUUCCCUUGGUACUCAUGCAAGAGAAACACUGAAUCUCUCAAAAUACAUGUCCACUUAUGACAACUUGAACACAAAACUAUGA